CGAUUCCGGAGCCCAGCUUCCGAGGAUCGGGCGGGACACGUAGGUUGUAAAAAGGAACAGCGCAAUGGCAACCGCGGCCGUGUCAGUGACCUGUCUGAGAGCAGUGGUUGCCUCCUCCUCCUCCUCCUGCUCGUACUCCUACUGCUACUUCUACUCCCGCCGCCACCUGCCCACCACCUCUCGAACACCCAAAUUCGCCAAACCCCAUUUCGUCUCCCUCCCCUCCUUCGUCGCCUCUCGGCCUCUCGUUGUUGCCGCCGCCGCCAUGUCGUACGAUAAGGAGUUCGCCGCCGCCAAGAAGGCCGCCUCCCUCGCCGCGCGUCUCUGCCAGAAAGUGCAAAAAGAACUAUUGCAAUCGGAUGUUCAAUCGAAGUCAGACAGAAGUCCGGUCACGGUGGCAGAUUAUGGUUCACAGGCUAUAGUUAGUUUUGUGCUGGAAAGAGAGCUUUCCACUGAACCACUCUCUUUAGUGGCUGAGGAGGACUCAGGAGAUCUUCGCAAGGAUAGUGGAAAAGACACCCUCCAGCGCAUAACAAAGCAUGUCAAUGAAACUAUUGCAACUGAUGGUUCAUACAGUGCUUCUCCGCUAUCGCCAGAAGAUGUACUUAGGGCAAUUGACACCGGGAAGUCAGAAGGUGGUUCUUUUGGUCGACACUGGGUCUUGGAUCCUAUAGAUGGUACAAAAGGGUUUUUAAGGGGAGCAUAUGCAGUAGCAUUAGCUUUACUAGAUGAUGGGAAAGUAGUAUUGGGUGUCCUGGCUUGUCCAAAUCUUCCGUUAGCCUCUAUCGCUGGAAAUGUGACAUCGGAAAAUGCUGUUGGCUGCCUUUUCUAUGCGAAAGUUGGUUCAGGAACUUUCAUGCAGUCAUUAGAUGGAUCUUCACCCGUGAAGGUGCACGUCAGUGAUAUUGGAAAUUCUGAAGAUGCAUCAUUCUUUGAAUCAUAUGAGAAAGCACACUCCAUGCAGGAUUUGACAAGCUCCAUUGCAAGGAAACUUGGUGUCAAAGCCCUGCCAGUGAGGAUAGAUAGCCAGGCCAAAUACGGGGCUCUUUCCAGAGGUGAUGGAGCAAUAUACAUGCGCUUCCCGCACAAAGGGUACCGUGAGAAAAUUUGGGAUCAUGCUGCGGGGUGCAUCGUUGUAACUGAGGCUGGAGGAGUGGCAACGGAUGCAGCAGGGCAACCUCUGGAUUUCUCCAAAGGGAGAUACCUUGAUUUGGACACCGGGAUUAUAGUUACCAAUCAAAAGUUGAUGCCAUCACUCUUGAAGGCAGUAAGAGAAUCCUUGGAGGAGAAAUCCUCCUCAUUGUGAUGCUACUACCCUACUCUUUUAGCCCCAGCCCAUCAAUGCAACCCGGGCAAUGCGACAGGAAGGAUGCGGUCCUUUCUAUUUUCUGUCAACAAUCAAAUUUAACUUAAUUUCAAGGGAGCAACUGAAGUGUAAUAAGAAAAAUGGAGAUAAAAGAAUCAUUCAUCCGACAUCAUAGUUUGACAUCAUCAUACAAGUUGGGAUUAUGAAUGAAUUCAUUCCAUCUGCCGAAACUGAGAAUGGUAAUAACGGCAAAAGUUGCUCUGAAAUUUACUUCAGCUGAGAAUAGUUCACCUGUUUGAUCUUCACCUUUGUUGUAGAAGUGAAAGGCACAAAUCUCUCCUGUCCUUGUGUAACAACUACUUCAGAAGAGUUGUUCGGCCUUUUACGCUUCCUGGCAGAGACAGAGCAGUGGAUCAUGAACUUUGACGAAUGCAUAGUUGCUAAUGUA